GCCUGCGUCCCGUGGCUCGCGCGUUCUGCUCGCCUCCCCAUGGCCGCCUCUGUGGAUUUCAAAACUUAUGUGGAUCAAGCUUGUAGAGCAGCAGAUGAAUUUGUCAAUAUUUAUUAUGAGACAAUGGAUAAAAGAAGAAGGGCUUUAACAAGACUGUAUCUGGACAAAGCAACACUAGUUUGGAAUGGGAACGCAGUGUCUGGGCAAGAGGAGCUGAACAAAUUUUUUGAAAUGUUGCCGUCUAGUGAGUUCCAGGUGAAUGUGUUGGACUGCCAGCCCGUUCACGAGCAAGCUACGCAAGGCCAGACGACAGUGCUCGUGGUGACAAGUGGGACAGUAAAAUUUGAUGGUGACAAGCUGCGCAGCUUCAACCAGAACUUCUUGCUGACAGCACAGGCCACACCCACCAACACAGUGUGGAAGAUUGCCAGUGACUGUUUCCGCUUUCAGGACUGGGCCAGUUAGUGAGGAUUGGAUGUGGGAAGUGACCUCUCUCCCUCCUCAGAUUGAAGUUAGCCGUAUGGACAGCCGUGCUCCACAGAUGAGACGUGCUCAGUCUUCCUGCUGCUUCUGUCACGGAAGGUCUGCAGAGGUUUCAGGGUUGAUCCCGGUGACCAAGGGUUUAGUAGUAAACAAUACUCAAAUGUGAGAGGUUGCUUGUCUUAGUUGAACAUAAUGAAAUGCUGAGGGCAGUGAGCUGUGUUGGAAUCAUUCCUAAAAUGCCUUACGUGCAGCUAUGCUGCCACUUCCAGACUUCUUGUGUGGAAUGCUGAAACUCUCCUAUUUGAACACAAAAAUCUUCUUAAUCUAAAAUUCUGACCAAACGUGUGAUUCCUUUUCAACUUGAAAAGAUCUGGCUUUACAGUAGCAUCUUCCUUCUUUGGAGGAAGAUACUUGUGGCAUGUAGAGAAUCCUCAAAGCUGCCUACUCUUCAUUAUAAGAGACUAGGAAAGACUGACAAUGAUUUCUACUGUUUGCAAAAUGGCAAGUACAGCUCCUGAGUGUGUAAUCUCUCAAAAAUAGUCCAUUCUCUGGUGUGAAAGGACUAAAUAAUCUCAUCAGGUUACCUUUUGGCUUAGCUUCUCAGGCUUUCGUUAUAGUUAAUUUACAUUGAUUCAUAUGUAAGGCAUGCUGAAUGAUUCAGAGCUCCCGUGCCAGCAUCUAUUGUCACUUGCAUGUGAAGGACUUCAAAUUGAUUGUUUUUCUUUUGAAGUCUUACUGUGCAAGAAAUAGGUCAGUUACACCAUUUCUGUUUGUUUUAACUGUUAAUUCUGUUGCUAUGAAGUCUGGACAAUUUUUUUUUUCAUAUUCAGUCUGCAAGUUCUGAAUCCUUACUGUCUUUCCAGGAAACAUUGUAAAGUGGCACUGAAAGUGUGUAUUACUGUGAAGCCUUCAAUUUUUCUCUCCAGUAAUGUUGCUCAGAAGAGGUGCUUUGAUUAUUUUCAACUCAAAACAUGAGUACCAUCUUCCUCUCAUGCAGAUUUUUGCUGUAGUUUUCAUGUUAUUUUAAAACAUUACCUUUAAUUAUUGAUUGGGGAGGGUUGUGUGUCUUGCUUUAAAUUUGUAGUUUAAGGCUUUCAGCUGCUUUAAAAAGUAGUUUCCACGACUGUGGGUUAAGGUUCUCCAUCAUCACUUGGGAACUCAAGAGUAAGUCUAAGUAUCAUCAGAUUUGUUUCAAACUGGUACAUUUGCAUUUUAAGCUGACUUCUAAAAAAAUACCUGAAUUUAAGCUGAAUUUAAAACAUGUAAGAAGUUUUAGUUAAUUUAGUUAAAUGUGAGCACAUUUGUUUGUAACUGUAAGCACCUGAGGGGAUCUUGUAACUCUGAUCUCACUACCUGUUGCAAUGAUAGCAGCAGCCUGGAUACAAAAGCGGUUAUGGCUGCAGCUUGCUCAUUUUUUUUAUUUCAAUUGGGAAAACUGUGAAAAUGAGCAAUAUCUGACUUGUGUAAAACACCUUCAAACAUCUGUAGAAUCCCACAACCAACAGGAUGCUUAGGUGAAAGGGGUGGCUUUAUUUCCAUUUAAGCUACACUUUAUUUAAACAAACCAAUCUGUUCUGAAUUGUUGUGAAACUACUUUUCAGCUAAAAGAAUUUGAAUUCCUGCAAAACAGUGUGAGAAGUCCAGAGUUCUUGAAAAUUGUAAAUACUGUAAAUACAGCUUUAUUUCUGUGUGUAGUGAAGAAAGGAACACUCUAAUUACUCUUUGUUCCUAACAGAACAUGUGAGGUUCCUAUAUUUGUAUUUCUUCUACAAGUUUGGAAAGAAAGCUUAACCCUCAAUUUGCCUGUUACUGACACAGCAUCACUGAACUGUGACCAGCAUGGUGUGCUUUUCUGGGAUUUAAUUUGCUCUUGAUUGUAUAAGUAGUAUUACAGAUCUGCUUUGUGAACAUGGAAGAGGUUUUGUCCUUUGAAAUGUAGUGAGGGGUGUAACCGUACCUUUUGCAUGUUGAACUUUUGAAGGCAUUCACCAGAACACACACUUAUAUCUGUGCCUGAUAAGCUUGUCCUGGGAGUAAGAACUUACUGGGUAUUUUUAUCUAAGUUGUAAUUUGUAUAGUAGUUUUUAAGCUCUUUCUAGGCAGACUGGGUGGGAGAUUUAAAAUACAUGUUUCAGUCAAAUGUUGUUAUUCUCUAUUUUCUUGCUAUUCAAAUGCAGGCUGCUUUUAAAUCUGAUUUAUGUAAUUAAUAUUAAAAACAAAACCCAAAACCAAAUGAACAACCACUACCUAUGACCAUUUAGGAAACUUACUAACAGGCCUAGCUGGACAAACCCAGUUUAAACACUUAGCAUAGCUGAAAUUGAACUUUGUAAGCAUACAGGGGUUUGUGGAGAGAGAUUUAUUAGAACAGAACUGCUUCAGCCUUGGGAGGAGUGCCGGUUUUAAACUGCCUAGUUCCAUUCACUUAGGGUAAUUCAGUACUACCAUGAUUAGCUGUUGCUCUGUAUAACUGAAAAUGCUGGUUUGCUCCAUAAAAAAUAUGGAACAUAUCAGGUGAUCAUAUAGCUAUUGGAUUAAAUCAGUUAUUUUGCAACUAAUUAAUGGCAUAAAUGAAACAUCUCUUCUGUGCUAGCAGGAGAAAUUAAAGGUGCUGCAGCAAUGUGCUGUUCAUUAGAAUUUCUGUGCUGAAAUGAGCGGGAGAAAACAUACAAGUGCUUUGUGUUUGAUUCAGUACAAAACCAUGUGACAGCUUUAGUUCUCUCUGUUGUUGACUCUGCUCAGAUAGCCAAAUUUACAUGUUCAUGCUCUAAACUGUAACCAGGGAUUAAUAAUACCAUGUUUUGCUGUUUGAUACCAAUUUACUCAUGUAUAAUCAGUUGGUGAAAUGAAGCCAGCUGAAGAGCUGAGCACUUCCACACACUAAACUGUGGCUACUGAAGACUUGAUAGAUUUCUUUAGUGUGUACUCCCUUGUAUUAGUAACUGUUUUUAUGUUGCUUUGGUCUUUUGGCAUAUUACAGUUAAAUGAACUCAAAAUACUUGUGCCGUUUCUUGAAAUGGAGAAAAAAUAUUUGUUCUGAUCGUGUGAAUGAAUUCUUUUGUGGUUUUGAUAUGUCUACACUUCCUUAUCCUGAUGGGAGAAAAGUACAUUAUAAAGAAAUGCUGUUUUAUCAGUAAAGUAACUUUCCACACUUGAAUAUAUUUUGUAAGUUUUUGAAA